GAUUGCUGGGGACCUGGACCCUUGAUAAUAAGCUUAGUAGUGAGAGACAGAGUUGGGCGGGGAUGAAGAGCAGCAGCACGGGAGGAGUGGGAAGAAGCUGGCAAUCCACAGCGACCGUAUCAUGUUCAGGCAAGAGAAUACAAAAGGAGAUGAGGGAACUCAACCUCGAGGCACCUCCUCACUCCUCUGCUGGCCCUAAAGGCGAUAAUCUCUAUCACUGGGUCGCCACUCUCAUCGCCCCCCAGGGAACCCCUUAUCAGGGUGGGAUCUUCUUUCUUGACAUAGCUUUUCCCGUUGAUUAUCCCUUCAGACCUCCCCAGGUGCUUUUCAAAACUCGCAUCUUCCACUGCAAUGUUGAUUCUGCUGGCAAUGUCGCUCUCGAUAUCCUCAAGGAUGGUUGGAGCCCUGCUCUCACUAUUUCGAAGCUUUUGUUGGCUCUAACAUCGCUUCUCUCUAAUCCUGAUCCCUAUAAACCUCUUGUUCCUGGUAUUGCUCACUUGUACUUGGAAGACAAAGCUAAACAUAAUGAAUUAGCUGCAGAGUGGACACGUCGAUUUGCAAGGUAAUCAACAAGAAUGUUUUAGCAGAGACAUUCGAGGUUAGAGCAUUUUAUCAGAGCAUUUCAGAGCUUCCUGGUGGUUCUUCACAGAUAAGGAGUCCAUGUGGAAGAUAGUCGUAAUGUUUGCGCGUCAAAUAAAGUGCUUGUAACUGAAUUAAGCUUGGUAGCUCUCAGCUGUACAGUUUGGUUCACAGCAUCCAUUUCUAGGUGGUUCAACUGUGUGUGUUUUAAGCUCCUGAAGAAAUUACCUCUGGAUUGGAGCAACAAAGCUGUCUGAUUUUAAAAUUUUAUAUAUAAUUACAUUAUUAUUAGA